AUGGCCAACGACGAGAUCUUCUCAGGCCCCAUGUCCGAGAGCGUGCCCACUGCCAACAGCUCCUUCGCCCAUCGACGUUCGCGCGCAGACUCGACUACCAGCUUCACCUACUACGACGAUGCGGACGAGGACCGCGACAUCUCUGACGAAGAAUGGCUCCAGGAAGAAGCCAUCAUAGACGAGGAGGCAGAGAUCGAAGAAGGCCGUGCUGACGAUGCUGAAGACGCUCAUGCUUUUGCUGAGCCCGACAUGGACCUAGAAUCCAACCACCGCCCCUCUCUGCACAGUCGCAAAUCCUCCGGCUACUCUCGCUCAUCUGCGCGCAGCCCACUUUUGAGACGCCGUCGUUCUUCGGAUACAGACAGAAGCGUUAGAAGUGGUUAUGGCUCAGGCGGAAGGACGACCCAGAAGAUAUACAUUCAGAACGAGGACAUGACUAUCGUCGUUGCUGGUUUCAAGACUUCUGUUCUCGGAUACGCCAUCUACCUCUGCAUAUCCAUCUGCACCCUUGGUCUUGGCUUCUUGCUGUUCCGCUGGUUGCCACGAUGGCGCGUACGAUUGACUGGCUCCUCAGCCCCUUUGCAUAAGUGCGACUGGCUGGUCAUCGAGAAUCAGUGGAACGAAAUGGUUGUUCAGCAGCUAAGCAAGCAGAGUUUCGAGCUGCCUCUCUCUUCAGUCUUUGGCAUGCCUGGCAAGGGUAAGAUGCGCGAAUUCGACGAAUAUAACGAUCCCAUCCUCGAUGAACUUCGCAUCAUGGACUACCGCUACAUUCGUUUCUGCUUCCACCCGUUCAAGGACAAGUUCAUCCUCGGAAACACCUGGCAAGAUCCUGCCUGGACGGACGUAGUUACCAUCCGCGCUGGUAUUGAUGGCGAGGAGCAAGAGAACCGCGAGCGUAUCUUCGGCAAGAACAUGAUCGACAUCGAACAGAAGUCAAUCGGUCAGCUCCUUGUUGACGAAGCUCUGCAUCCGUUCUACAUCUUUCAAAUUGCCAGUCUGGUUCUUUGGUCUGUUGAUGAGUAUUACUACUAUGCCGCUUGUAUCUUUAUCAUUUCGAUUGUAAGUAUCGCUUCGACUUUGAUCGAGACCAGGGCAACUAUGGCGCGUCUUCGCGAGAUCUCACGCUUCGAGUGUGACAUUCGUGUGCUUAGAAGCGGAUUCUGGCGCUACGUCCAGUCAAGCGACCUGGUGCCGGGAGACGUCUACGAAAUUACGGAUCCUAACCUCACUCAAUUCCCUUGUGACAGUCUUCUGCUUUCUGGAGAUUGCAUAGUCAACGAGAGUAUGCUCACAGGAGAAUCUGUUCCGGUCUCCAAAGUCCCAACAACCAACGAAUCGCUGGAGCUCCUCGAUCUUAGUGCGUCAUCUAUCCAUCCCGAGGUCGCAAGAAACUUCUUGUUCAGCGGUACCAAGAUCAUCCGCGCUCGCAGGCCCCAGGAAGAUAAAAGCGAUGAAGCCGCCGCUCUGGCUCUAGUCGUUCGCACUGGAUUCAACACAACCAAAGGAGCAUUGGUCCGCUCCAUGCUUUUCCCCAAGCCUUCUGGAUUCAAAUUCUACCGAGACUCGUUCCGUUACAUCGCAGUCAUGGCAGGUAUCGCCAUGGUUGGCUUUGUAGCUUCGUUCAUCAACUUUGUUCGUCUUGGACUUGAAUGGCAUCUCAUUGUCGUUCGCGCAUUGGAUUUGAUCACUAUCGUUGUCCCUCCCGCACUACCUGCCACUCUGACUAUCGGCACCAACUUCGCUCUAUCCAGGCUAAAGAAGAAGUUCAUCUUCUGCAUCAGUCCUCAGAGGGUCAACGUUGGUGGUAAACUUGACGUGGUCUGCUUCGACAAGACUGGUACUCUGACUGAGGAUGGUCUUGACGUUCUGGGUACUCGUGUGGUACACCGACCUGCGAACAGAUUCAGCGAUAUUCUUACUGACUCUACUGCUCUUCUACCUGGCGCAACCUACGAGCGUGACCCUACCGUCGACUACAACGCAAACAAGGCAAUCUUGUACACAAUGGCCACCUGUCACUCUUUGCGCAUUGUCGAUGACGAGUUUGUCGGCGACCCUCUGGACCUCAAGAUGUUCCAGUUUACUGGCUGGCAAUACGAAGAAGGAUCCGAACGACCUGGCGCAACUGACGAGGAUGAGCAAAACUCGUUGUCGCCAUCUGUAGCCCGCCCUCCACCUGGUAUGGAACUUGAUCUGGAUGAAGACGAAAACUCACCCAACAAUAAGCGAGCAAUCGAACUGGGAGUGCUAAAGUCCUUCGAGUUUGUCUCGCAAUUGAGACGCGCCAGUGUUAUCGUCCGUCAAUUCGGCGACCCCAGCGGCAAUGUUUACGUUAAGGGCGCACCUGAGUGUAUGAAAGACAUCUGUCGCCCUGACAGCUUCCCGCCAGACUACGAAGAGCUACUUAGCUACUACACGCACCGUGGUUUCCGUGUCAUUGCUUGUGCAACUAAACACAUCUUCAAGCUCAACUGGUUGAAGGUGCAAAAGAUGAAGCGUGAAGAGGCCGAGUCCAACCUUGAGUUCGUCGGAUUCAUCAUUUUCGAGAACAAGCUCAAGCCUACUACAACGGGUAUCAUCGAAGAGCUUCGCGAUGCAAACAUUCGCACCGUCAUGUGCACCGGAGACAACAUCCUGACUGCUAUCAGUGUCGCCAGAGAAUGCAACCUGAUCGAUAGAUCUGCUCACUGUUUCGUUCCUCACUUUGUCGAGGGCGAUUCACGCACUGCUCUAUCUCGUCUGAGCUGGGAGAGCGUGGACAACCCGGCUUACCAACUGGACGACAACACUCUGAAGCCUUUGCCUCCGCCCGCCGAACAUGACUCUUCUUUGCCAUACGACGUCUCAAAUCUGCGCAACUAUUCUAUCGCUGUCAGUGGUGAUGUUUUCCGCUGGCUCGUUGACUUUGCCUCGCCAAAGGUUCUUCGUGAGAUGCUAGUCUGCGGCCAAGUCUUUGCACGAAUGUCGCCCGACGAGAAGCAUGAACUUGUGGAGAAGCUACAGAGCAUCGACUACUGCUGCGGUUUCUGUGGCGACGGUGCCAACGAUUGUGGUGCUCUCAAAGCUGCAGAUGUGGGUAUCUCCCUCUCUGAGGCUGAAGCUUCAGUCGCUGCACCAUUCACCAGCCGUAUCUUCGACAUCUCAUGUGUACCUGAGGUGAUUCGCGAAGGCAGAGGUGCGCUUGUCACAAGUUUCAGCUGUUUCAAGUACAUGUCCCUGUACUCGGCCAUUCAAUUCACUUCUGUGAGCUUCCUUUAUGCCUCUGCUUCUAACCUUGGAGACUUCCAAUUCUUGUUCAUCGACUUGGCCCUCAUUCUUCCCAUCGCUAUCUUCAUGGGCUGGACAGGUCCAUACCCUGUCCUCUCCAAGAAGCGCCCAACUGCUAGCUUGGUCUCUCGCAAAGUUCUCACACCUCUCCUUGGCCAGAUUGUUAUCUGUGUCUUGACUCAACUCGUUGGCUGGGAGAUUGUACAACGUCAACCCUGGUAUCAGCCACCGGUACUGGACAGGGAGCACUCGAACUCAGAGAAUUCGCAGAACACAACUCUCUUCUUGAUCUCUUGCUUCCAGUACAUACUUUCGGCCAUCGUUCUCAGUGUUGGUCCUCCUUUCAGGCAGUCCAUGACACAGAAUUUGCCCUUCGUUAUCACCAUGGUGACUGCCGUUGGCGUAUCCGCCUACAUGCUGUUCGAUCCUGCCCCAUGGCUUGUCAGCCUUAUGGAACUCACGGAUAUGUCAUCAAGCUUCCGCAUCUUCAUCUUGGUACUUGCAACUGGAGGCUUCGCUUGCUCGUACUUGGCCGAAAGAGUGGUGUUCCCUCCUCUUGCCAAGUGGAUCGGUAAGGCCAACGCCAAGCUACGACCGAGCCACCAGAAGAAGAGGAAGGAGUACAAGCUUAUUGCUGAGAGCAUGCGCAUCUGA